AUGAGUCGUGAUUCUAAAAUUAGCCGUGCCAUGAAUUUUGGAAGAUAUCGACUUGUUAUAAACUCCCUUAGAUCCAGAAAAAAACAAAGACGUCAACCUGACGAUGAUUACGAUCUGUCAGAAGUGCAAACUCUGGAAGCGCCCGAAGAAGUUAAAGAUUGGCUAGCUUUUACUUUCACAAGACAAUUGGCAUCCCGCAUGGGCGCUGAAGAAAAUAAACCAAAAUUCAAAACUGUGGCCCAGGCUGUCAGAGCCGGACUUUUGGUGGACAAAAUUUAUGAUAGGCUCACUCUACCUCCAGUCAAUAUGAAGUUCCCGAAUGAGGUUACGGAAAUGCUCAAGUUAUCGAACGAGUGGGAUUUCGACAUUUUUGCGUUCAGUCAAGUCGCAAAUGACCAUCCCAUAAGAUAUCUUGGCUAUGACAUAUUGAAUCGAUAUGGAUUAUUGCACAAAUUCAAGAUACAACGUAAUACAUUAGAAGCAUUUCUCAAUAAAAUUGAAGAAGGAUAUAUGAAAUAUAACAAUUUGUAUCACAACAAUCUACACGGAGCUGAUGUGGCACAGACAGUCCAUUAUAUGAUUUACAAAACUGGACUGAUGAAUUGGUUAACAGAUUUAGAAAUAUUUGCGACUUUAAUUGCGGCUAUAAUACACGACUAUGAACAUACAGGUACAACAAAUCAUUUUCAUGUCAUGUCUGGUAGUGAUAUCGCUUUGUUGUACAACGAUAGAGCUGUCUUAGAAAAUCAUCACAUCAGUGCAUCAUUUCAAUUAUUCCGAGAUGAGCAAUAUAACAUAUUAUCCCAAUUAUCAAAAGACGAAUAUCGUGAAUUCAGAGCUUUGGUUAUCGAUAUCGUCUUGGCUACAGAUAUGUCCCAUCAUUUUCAACAAUUGAAGAAUAUAAAAAGUGCUAUGGCUAUAUUUGCUGAGGAUCCCAGUGCAGAAAUCGAUAAAACAAAAGCUCUAUCACUUGUAGUACAUAUGUGUGAUAUUUCACAUCCAGCAAAGCCUUGGAAGUUGCACUAUAAAUGGUCGGAUCUUCUGUCAGAAGAGUUUUUCCGCCAAGGAGAUUUGGAGUACAGUCUUGGUUUACCAUAUAGUCCUCUUUGUGAUAGAAAUAAUACAUUGGUUGCAGAGUCCCAAAUAGGAUUCAUCGACUACAUUGUAGAACCGUCCAUGAUCGUAUGUGCAGAAAUGUUAGAAAGCAUUUUAAAACCCUUAACUAUAAAUGAAAUUGUAAGCCAAAAGCAUGCAAAUAUUAUAGGUGAUGAAAGCCAAGAAGAGAAAGGUUUUGUAAUUGAAAAACCGUGGAUUGCGUUUAUUGCGGAAAAUAAAAGUAAUUGGAAAGAACGAGCUGCAGAAGAAGCUGCUUUGAGGGCUGAACAAGAGAAAAAGUUGCGAGAGCUUGAAGAAACGCUCGAUUCUAUUGAAAUUGAAAAUGAGAAACUCAGCGAAUAA